UCUGGAGUUCAUAUUUUCAAAUGUUUUCUUCGAGCACGUUAAUUCUUUCUGCAGCGGACUGUUUGUGAAAGCAUUGUAGUUAAAAACGUUGUAAAUAUUUUUCACUGUUUGUGUUUGCUUAUUGCAGUCUGCACACCUCUUGCUCUUGCACAAGUGUCUCAUGGUUUCUUAUUGAUAUUUAUAUCUUCUUUUUGUAUUGUUUCCCGCGUUAUAAUAGUCAUUUACGAAAAGACAAUUGUGCGUAUGGUCUGCUAUGUCAACGUUUUUCAGUUUUCUUUGUUCAAAGUUAAAAUUUUGAUGUGAGAAGAAAACUUUAUUUUCAUGGCAUCUUUCUACAUUUAAAUUCCAAUCAAACAGUUCUCUUCCUAACAUAUUUUGGUGCUGAAAAUAUAAUUAGUAUGGAGUUCAUCAAUGUCACAGUUCCUCAAGAUCAAAUAUGGAUGAUUGUGGUUGGCUUUUUCAUAGCAUUUUUGUUGGCAUUUGGUAUCGGUGCCAAUGAUGUUGCAAAUUCGUUUGGUACCUCCGUCGGCUCAAAGGUGUUAACACUCAGACAGGCAUUCAUACUGGCUAGUAUAUUUGAAACACUUGGUGCUGUCCUGCUAGGUGCAAAAGUUUCUGACACCAUUAGAAAAGGAAUAAUAGAUUUGACCCCCUACCAGAAUAACACAAAACUUCUCAUGUUAGGAAAUGUGGCUUCACUAUCUGGUUCAUGCGUGUGGUUGAUAGCAGCAACGUUGCUGAGGUUGCCAGUGUCAGCUACACACAGCAUCGUCGGCUCAACCGUUGGAUUUGCAUUAGUAAUUCAUGGUUCUAAUGGCAUUCACUGGGUCAAACUUGCCACAAUCAUUACAUCCUGGUUCAUCUCACCAAUCCUUGCCGGUAUUGUAAGCAUCAUGUUGUUUUGGACUUGCAAGAAAUUCAUCCUCAGUAAGCAUCAACCAUUGGAGCCUGGCUUGAGAUUCCUACCAAUCUUCUAUGCCAUGACUAUAGUCGUCAACAUAUUUUCCGUAUUUUAUGAGGGACCAGAAAUGUUGAGGUUCAAUUUGAUUCCCUUAUGGGGCACAUUCAUCAUAAGCUUUGGGGCCGGCACGAUCGGAGGUAUCAUUAUCUACUUCUUCAUUGUUCCAUGGCAAAGGAAAAAAAUACAAGAGGAAGUAUCGAGAGUUUCAGUGGUGUCCACCUUGCUCAACAUGAAUGACUCAGAAGAAACUGGGGGAUCCACCAACACAACCUCCAUCAAAAUGCCAAAAGAAUCAAUCAAAAAACACCACAAGUUCGAUGAAAAUACAGAACAGAGUGAUACUUCGUCGACGCCAACCCAUUUGAGACAGGGCAGAUCAACGGUGACCGACGCUCCAGAAGCUGCUAGGUUGUUCUCCUUUCUUCAGAUUCUGACCGCUAUAUUUGGAUCAUUUGCUCAUGGAGGCAAUGAUGUCAGCAAUUCUAUUGGCCCACUUGUUUCCCUCUGGUUGAUUGGCACAACUGGAUACAUUUCACAAGAAACCUCCACUCCCAUACUUAUAUUGCUGUACGGUGGCUUUGGUAUUUCUGUUGGAUUAGUAGUUCUAGGGAGAAAAGUCAUUAAGACAAUAGGAGAAGAUCUUGCAAAAGUCACACCUUCCAGUGGCUUCUGCAUAGAAAUUGGAUCAGCAUUGACAGUAUUAGUAGCUUCAAACAUAGGCUUGCCAAUUAGCACGACACAUUGCAAAGUUGGCUCCGUUGUUUUUGUUGGGAGGUAUAGAGCUCGUGAGAAUGUGGACUGGUCAAUAUUCAGAAAUAUUGUCUUGGCAUGGCUAGUUACCCUGCCUAUUUGUGGAGGAGUUAGUGCUGCUAUCAUGGCUGGAUUGAGAAUAUUAGUUUAGCAUUAGUGUAGAUUUUGUACAACACAGUCUUAGUUUAGUAUUUUGUUUCUAUUUAUUCAUUUUCAUAUUACACUGUUUCAUUUAUUUGUAUAUGUGAAAUAUAUUUUGUCUGUAUAAA